CUCCAUCAACGAUGAGCUCCACGGAGGUCCCAGUUGGCACCGGAGACCUCACCGGCGAGUCGUGGCAGAAGUCGUGGCCAGAGGUUGUGGGCAAGUCCAUCAAGGGGGUCACGGAGAUUAUUCUCAAGGACAAGCCCGACGCCGACAUCGUCGUGCUGCCAGCCGGGUCGCCAGUGACCCGGGACUUGAAGCCCAACCGCGUGCGCAUCUUCGUCGAUACCGUCGCCGACACACCCUUCACUGGCUAGCUCUAGCUUUGCAAGCGCGAAGAAAUGUAUGCGUGCCCAUGCAUGCACGCUCAUGAAUAAGUUUUAAGUAAUGGAUGAAUAAAUGCUAGCAUGUCGAGCAUCAGCAUGCCAUGGAUUGGUGUAACUUUUCGUUUCGUCCACUUAUGUGUACUUUGUUUGUGCGUUGCACUAAUUCCUGUUUGAAAGAGCACUAGGUUUGUAGUA